CUCUGUGCUGCCAGCACACCCACCGUCUGGAAAAGCCGGCGGAGGUGGAGCAGUUGGGCCACCUGUGGCGAAGGUUGUGCCAGAUGUAUUCAAACCCUUUACCGAGCUCAAUUCUACCAGGCUACCCGCGAAAGUCGUUGCGGAAGCUAGGCUGAGUGUGGCAACACACUCAGAGAUCGACUCCCUGCAAACUAUUGCUCGCGAGGUCUGUGAAGAGAGCCCAGGGCUUGGCCCACAAAGUCCAGUGCUGUAUCAUUUGGCGUCAGUGGCGGCGACAUCAAUGGCGAAGAAUGAAAAACACGCUGGAACGCUCGCCAAAUUCUCGGGGCGCGGUCCCGCGAAUCUUCCCACCGUGUGCCACGCUACGGCGGGGCACAUUUCGCCAGAAAAGGUGGACGACACGCAAGAGCGCAGUAGGCUUUUCAGAGCCGUCGAGCGGGGCUUGGCUUACUAUGGAGCAGCUCCAUA